GAAAAUUUCUGACCUGUCUGUCUAACAAGUUAUUUUAAGAUGACUGUUUCUGGUGUUAGUGGAAGUUCAUUAGCUGCUGCCCCUUCAACUACUGGAGUAAGAAAAUCUGCAAAAUCAAAAAAAGCACCAUCAAUUCAUCCUCCAUAUGGAGAUAUGAUAAAGAAAGCCCUUAAAGAGCUGAAAGAACGUGGUGGAUCAAGUCGUCAAGCUAUUGCUAAAUAUAUCAAAACUAAUUACAAAGUCGAUGAUCGUGCAGAAAGUCAUCUACGUCGUGCUUUAGUUACUGGUGUUAAAUCGGGCAAACUUGUUCACACUAAAGGAAUUGGUGCAUCUGGAUCAUUUAAACUUGCAGAUAAAACUGUGACACCGAAAAAAGUUGCACGUCCUAAAACUUCAAAACCGAAAACUACUCCAAAGAAAGCAGCUACCAAGAAGCCAAAAGUUGUCAAACCCAAAUCAACUACCAGUCCAGCAAGUAAACCAGUUGCUUCAAAACCGAAAGCCACCAAACCCAAAUCAGCCGCCAAGCCAAAGAAAGCGAAAUCGCCACAUAAACCAAAAGUAAGUCAAAUGAUUUCUUGACUCCUUAUGAUCUUAUAAUUAUACGUGUGUGAUUUAUAACAUUAAGCACAUCGAAUGGAUAUAAUUUCAUAGAAAUAUCCUUUUCUUUCUUAUAGACUGUGAAGCCCAAGAAACCAGUGGCAAAGAAGACCCCGAAAAAAGUUGCAAAGAAAUAAAUGUGAAUUAUUUUUAUAGUUGGUUCUUAUCAUUGUUACGCAUUAGCUUGUACAUAUGUUCCAUACUUGUUUCACAUCUUGUAUUUCCUUAAUUACUACUAUAUGCCACUUCUGAUUGUUCAGAUUGUAUUUUAUUUAUUCUUCAUUAUCUUCACUAAUAAACGUGUAUCGCCAUCCGUU